AUGGCGAGACAAGAUACCAAAAUAUUCGAACGUCACUACAACCACGAAUACGAAUACCAAUUACCGUUAAACGAAGAAGAGCAGUACGAGAUGGUUUUCCCAGUUGGAUUGAAGAACAGCGUUUCGCUCUUCGUGUACUCUGUAACUUUUGGUGGAGGAUUUUUUUACUCAUUCAUUGCUUCUCCUAUUGCCUUCCAAGAAUUGGAAAGAUCUCAAUUCAGUAAGGUACAAAGUAAGGUGUUCCCAAUUUACUUCCUUGGUCAAACUGUGGCGCCAAUUAUUAUUGGAUUGACUUCAGCCAUCAAGUUGUGUCCAUUCACUAAGGGUGCAUUGGCAGUUCUGUCUUUUUGCGGAGCUCUUAAUUGCUUCUGGUUGUUACCUGUAUGCAGAUCCAUCAAGGAAGAACGGGUAGCAUUGGAGAAGGAAGGUAAGGACACCAGUGAAGUAACCAAGAGAUUUGGAAAAUUCCACGGAAUCAGUACUCUUGUUAAUAUGUUGAGCAUUAUAUCCUUAGGUGCCUACGGUUACGGUCUUGGCUGCAAGUUGGCCCGUAUCUGA